AUGCAUCCACACAAGUUCCUCCUCGCAGCCCUAUCCCUGGGCACGGCUGUCCUGGGUGCACCCGCUGAACUAGCCACUCGCGCAGCCAGGACAAGUGCCCCCGCAGGCUGCCUGACAGUCGGUUCUGGCGGGAAAUACUCGACUAUCGGCGCUGCACUGACUGCCCUCGGCUCUUCCUCAGCGGCGGCUUGUAUCUAUGUUGCAAGUGGCACGUACAAGGAACAGCUUACCAUCAACUAUGCCGGUCCUCUGACUUUGUAUGGUCAGACCGUCGAUGCGGAGACGUACAAGGAGAACACUGUUACCAUUACCCACACGAUCUCUUCGCCCGUGGCUGGCUCGCUGGACAAGAGUGCUACUGUAAAUGUUGUCGCUGAUAGGUUCAAGAUGCACAACAUCAAUGUGGUGAAUGGAUUCGGGAAAGGUGCGCAGGCUGUUGCACUCGUCGCCAAUGCCAAUAAGCUCGUCUUCUAUGCAUGCCAGUUCACUGGAUACCAGGAUACCCUGUACGCCAAGUCGGGAACACAGUACUAUGUCAACAGCAAGAUUGUUGGUGCCGUGGACUACAUCUUCGGUGCCGCCUCCGCCUGGUUCAACAACUGCGACAUCGUCUCCAACGGCCCUGGCGCAAUUACUGCUAGUUCGCGCCAGACAGCCACCGACAAUACCUGGUAUGCAUUCGAACACUGCAAUGUCAAGGGUGCGUCUAGCGCUGUGCUCGCUGGCACUGUAUACCUUGGCCGUCCGUGGCGUGGCCUUGCUCGUGUCAUCUACCAGAACUCUAACCUGGGUAGUGUGGUCAAUGCCAAGGGAUGGACUCCAAUGGCGGAGGGAGCUACGCCACUCUACUAUGAGUAUAAGAAUACUGGGGCCGGGUCGGAUACUUCUGCUCGCCAGUUCUUGAGUCCUAUCUCGGCGGCGGUCACGAAGGAGACUGUUUUGGGAAGCGACUAUGCUACUUGGAUUUGA